AUGAAUAAUAAUUCAAAAAGGGCUGUAAAGUUAAACCUGCUUGAUAAUAUUGAAAACCUUAAACAAAGUGUAUUGCUUAAUAAGGCAUCAAUCGAAUUAAAUUAUUUGGAAAGAUGUGAAAGAGUAGCAAAUAAUUGUAUAAAAAAGAACAACCACAAGGAUGAGAAUGAGAAUAAACUAAGGCUUAUGAGAAAAAGGGUUUCGAUAAAGGACUUUAAAAUACUCAGUCCAAUUGGUGCAGGCGCGUUUGGGGUUAUUAGACUUGCAGAAUGCAGGCACACAGGUAGUAUUUAUGCGCUAAAACAAAUGAGAAAAAGUAUAAUAAGAACAAAAAAUCAGCUUGAGAGAAUAUAUAAUGAGAGAGCACUUUUAACUCAAAAUGCAUCCGACUUUGUUGUAAAGUUAUUUUACACAUUUCAAGAUGAUAAGCACUUAUACCAAGUGAUGGAAUAUUUGCCUGGCGGAGAUUUAAUGUCGUAUUUAAUAAAAUAUGAUAAAUUUACUGAAGAGGACACUAAAUUUUACAUGGCACAAUUGGUUCACGCCGUAGAUUUAGUCCAUCAGUUAGGGUUUGUACACAGAGAUGUAAAGCCAGAUAACAUUGUUCUUGAUUCAGAGGGGCAUCUCAAAUUACUGGAUUUCGGGCUUUGUAAGUUUUCUCCUCUAAUUGAAGGCAAGAAAAAAACUAGUGGAGAAUACCAAACAAUAGAAAGUAAUUUAAGGUGUCCAAAUUCAAAAAUAGAGUCAAAUCAAGAUAGUAAUAAAUCAAAUGAUACUUCCUUUAAUGGGAAAAACAACGAAAACAGAAGUAUAAAUCAGGAAUUUUAUGGAGGGUUAAAUUUAUUAGAAGAGACAAAGAAUGGCCAAAAUAAACAUCCAAAUAGCCCUCUAAAACAUUUGGACAGAAAGACAAUUCAUUCUACCGUAGGGACUCCACAAUACAUGGCACCCGAAAUAUUUCUCAGACAAGGAUACACUCAUCUUGUAGAUUGGUGGAGUGUGGGAAUACUAAUGUACGAAUGUCUAUAUGGGGGAGUGCCAUUUAAUGACGAUACGCACAAUCCAAUUAAGGUUGCAAUAAAAGUAAUGCAGUGGGAGAAACUAUUAUUACUUCCACAUCCGUGUAGAAAAAUUUCUCCUGAGGCACUAGAUCUACUAAAAAAUUUAUUGUGCCAUCCUUCAAAAAGAUUUGACGGUGAACAGAUAAAAAAACAUCCUUUUUUCAAUGAGGUAGAUUGGGACAAAUUGAGGCAAUGCUCUGCUCCAUUCAAUAAGCAGAUUAAUGAAACUAUUUUUAAAAAUAACAUAGGUACAGAACUAUUUGAUGAAUCACCAAAUAACGCAAGAUACGGAGUUCAGGGUUCUUCACUAGUCGACAUAAACUUCCUGGACUAUACCUUUAGGAACAAGGAUCGUAAUUACAGCCCUAAAUCAAUGGGAGAGGCAAUUAGAAUGUGUGGAUGA